CCGAACGACGGACGACUCCAUCGCGUGCACUCGACCUGCUUGCCGUCGCUCGCCCGCGCGAUGCCCCCGGCCAACUCGCGAGCGACAAGCCCGCCCGCAGUGAGUCCCCUCACCCGAUGCAGCUGUGCAGCUGUCUUGCAGCAGGCGGCCCAGCGGCGGCCCUCCGCAGCCUCACGUCCUGGGCUGCGACUGAGUGACUGAUGAGCGACUGACUGUGUUGCCCUCGCAGGACUCGGCGCAGCGUGCUGGCACCCCUCCGUCGUAUCUGUCGGCCCUCCGUGAGUUGGAGAGCCCGGUCAACCAGGACGUCCUCAAUCUCGCAGCCACGCUAACCACCCAAGCCGAAGACGAGGCCGACCAGGAGAGCCUGCGACACCUGCGCCAGGCCGAGCACGACGAGUGGCGCAUAGAGAGGACCCGCGAGCGUCUGCGCCUGCUCGAGAGGCAGCGCGACGACAUCGAGAGACGCGACCGGCUGCGAAGGGUCAUGAACAGGCUUAGCCGCAUCCACGACCCGCCAGCGUACGGCGACCGAAUCCCCAGCCAGAAUAACCUGUACGACUGGUCGCCCGCUAACGAGGCCGACGACGAGGACGAGCUGGACCGGAUCCUCGCUGAGCUCCGCCGUGAGCAGCCGAACACCCACCCCGAGAUCCUGCGAGUGCUCGGCCGCUCGCAGCUGGAUGCGGAGCGCGAGUCGCGCAUUCGCACAUACUCGUCGAGGCUGCUGAGCUCGAACCAGCCGUCCCAGUCGGCGGACAGCUCCCUCAGGUCGGCGACAAUCCUGCAGUCGGUGCGAAGACACCCCCGCUUCUCUGCCAGCAGCAGGAGAGGCUACGAGCACGCUUUCCCGCCGGAGACACAGCGAGACUCGGGAAGCAGGUCGCCGCACCACAGUGAGUCCCGAGACCGGUACACCGUGUCUGAAUCCGCUCGUCAGGCUGCCCGGCAGCGCCUGUCCGAGCUGCACACUUCUCUAGAGCGAGACCGCGACCGGGACCGUGACAUGUUGGCACGUGUAGACUCAUACCGGCGGAGCUAUCUCGACCGAAACUCGACCUCGCCGUCGACCGUCUCCCCAUUGCUCGAGCAGACGAUCAAGUACCUGUCGCGGAUACGGCACUCGAACACGGAAGAUGACAGCCUAAACUUUGCUCUGGAUGCGGGCUUCUUGAACAAGGACUACUUCUGUGAAGAGAACUCAGAUUUCGUACUAGACACAUGCACUCUCCCUCCCCCAGCCGAGACGUCAUGGCUAGCGCCGGGAGCUGUAUUGAAUGGAUGUCAGCAUGCCACCUCCGUCACCUCAACCGUCACCUCCACAGCAGGGGGCGCCACAACAACGCUGUACCGCUUCAGAAACAAUGAUUCCAUGACCUCUACCACAUUCGAGCCCGGCCGGCCAUGGCUAAGUCACAGCUACACUCCCCCACAGAGACGAGCUACAAAUCCUACAGGCCCCGAAAUCGUGACCUCGCAUACGCCGACGCAAGAUCGAUGGCCAGUCAAGGUCACCAUACACGCCGUAGACUACAGUACGAUGUGUCUGUCAGCAACUAUGGAAGCGUACAACGUACCCUCACAUCCCCACUCCCACCAAUCCCUCCUCAGCGCCUCGGUCGACAGAUCUCACACCCCAUUCACCCGCACAUCAUCAAUCACCACCUACCUCGAAGGUGAAAUCCUGGAUUUCAACCAACACACCCUCCUCACCGAAUCCUUCAAGUCUAGCCCCUCAAACGACGCAACGUACUGGCGAAAACUGCCCCCGUUCCAGAAAUUCACCGAUGACGAACUCGUCCGGAACCUCGUCAGCAAGCGCUGGUUCACAGAAGUGCUAAGUCGGGAGUGGAUCCUCAUGCGGUGGAAGGAACGGUGUUUCGUUAAAUCGCUGAACCGGUCCACGGCUGAUCCUCCAGCUGCGCAACCCCCUCAUCCCAACUUCGACUUCGCGUCUACCACCUCAUCCGAUAUCUCCGCCAGCUCGACGGCGGCGGUGGUGUCGUUUAAUACGACGUCGUCGAGGGAAAACCACCCCGAUUCCGCCGACUACCAUCGGGGGAAUGCAAGACAGCAAGAGAUGGAUAGAGAUAGAGAAGUUUUUGAUGAUUCAGGGUGUGGGCUUACAAUCUCGGGGUUUUAUUAUGUGUGUUUGAAACGUGCGGAUGGGAAACUUGAGGGACUGUAUUAUGACCCUCAGAGUAGUCCGUAUCAGCAUCUGAAGCUGGAGAGUGUUAAUGGGGGCGUCUUUCCUGCUUGGGAGUUUAAGUAGGAGGGGGAAUGAUGAGGGGCAGUGGAAUAUGGGAUUAUGGAUGGAUCAUGGAUUCGAUGAGAUGAUGGAGAUGGCAUGCCGGAUCACACGGUUCUGUCUGUUCCAUUUAACUUUAAUAUUGCAUCUGUCCGGCGUUCAUUGCUUCUUUUCUUCUGUUCUCUCUCUCUCUCUCUCUCUCU